CACACACACACACACACACACACACACAGGUCGCCCCUCUCUCCGUCCAUUUGCUGUCUUCUCCCUCCCUCUCUUUCUCUCCCUCCCUCUCUCUCUCUGUCCUGUCCCGCCGGCUGCAGUGAAAUGUAACCGAACCAGAGGGCGACAUGAACGGGCCUCAGCUCAGUGAGCUCCCGGACGACGCGGAGCAGCUGAAGCCGUACGUGAGCAGCCUGAGGCAGAGAGCCCUGCAGGCCAGCGAGCUGUCCGCCGUUAGGACGUUCUCCGACGGCUUUCUCAUCAAGUUUCUGCGGGCCAGGGACUUCGACGUGGAGCUCUCUCUGAAGCUCUUACUGAACUAUCAGCGGUGGCGGAGGGAGAGUCCCGAGAUCAGCGGCUGUCUGUCUCCGUCCUCUGUGCUCGGCCUCCUCAACACAUCCUAUCAUGCCGUCCUCCCACAGCGGGACCAUGCAGGCAGCAGGGUGCUCAUCUACAGGAUUGGGCAGUGGAACCCAAAAGACUGGUCGGCUUUCCAGGUGUUCAGGGUCAGCCUGAUGACAUCGGAGAUCAUCUCCAUGGAGACAGAGACGCAGAGGCGGGGUCUGAAGGCCAUAUUUGACCUCCAGGGCUGGAGUUUAGGUCAUGCCUGGCAGAUUAACCCUUCCCUCGCCAGAAAGAUAUCCUCAGUUCUUUCGGACUCUUUUCCACUGAAAGUCAGAGGAAUUCAUUUGGUCAACGAGCCACUGUUUUUCCGUCCGGUCUUUGCCAUGAUCCGUCCCUUCCUGCCAGAUAAGAUCAAACAGAGGAUCCAUAUGCACGGAGCUGACUUCCACGACACUUUAAGUGACUUCUUCUCAACGGACAUCCUGCCUCCAGAAUACGGAGGGGAGGGGCCUGGAAUAGAGGAGGUGUGUCAAGACUGGACCAAUCAGCUGCUUCAAUCAGAGCAGCUCCUGCAGCAGAUUGCUGCCCACCCAACAGCUGAUAUCACCGUUACUCCUGACAACUCCUUGAUCUCAGGGGAAGCAGAGACCGAAAGAUGCUCUGAGGGAUGAUGUUUGAAACUUUGACCUCGUGAACGUUGUUUUUGUUUUGUUUUGUUUUGUUUUGUUUUUUACUGUGGCCCCAACACACUCUGCGGUUGUUCCUAAACUCUGUAGUACUAAAACUCUGUAGUACUAACUGUGUAGGUUGUUAGCUCUUUUGGGAGAGCUGAAAAGACAUGUCCAUUGGAUGGACUUUAAGUUUACAUGAUGUUUGCUGAUUAGCUAACUGUCCGACUGGUUACAUUACUCAGUGAAAUCUGACCAAAAUAUGACGUUGCAUCUUGGCAUGCUCAUGGACUCACCUCUUCUGUUGUGUAGCAACGUUUAACCCUCAAAGGGUAUAGGGCUUAUAGUGUGUGGUGUUCCUUUUAAGGCCACUAAAAAUAUAAAUACUCAGUAAUCAACAAUAGUUUUUCUUUGUCUGAACAUAUAAUGGGAGCAGCACAACAUACUGCUGAGAAAGGCUCUGUUCCUGGACUGGAUUUGUUGUUAUUGGCGAUGUUACAAAUGUCAAAAACGUGGGGUUUUGAAUGAGAUUUUCUAACUUCUGAAACCAUACUACCAUUCUGUGUUCACUUUCUUUAUCCUUCGCUCUUUGUUCUCUUUCUAAGACUGAGAUGAGGAGGUCGAUGUCAAUUUCACAUGCAGGUGUUAAGUACUGAGUUUGAAUCAGGAUGUGGUUAGCCUAGCUUUGCAUCACGCAUGAAAGUCGAUGGAAACAUCUCGCCUGGUCUCCUCAUCUUACUCUAUAACUGAAAGCAAAUAAUUAUGUUUCCCACCGUGUUGAACUGUUUUUCAAGUUCAGUUCAAUUGUAUUUUAUUUUUGCUGAUAUCACUUAGAUGCUCAGUGUUAACAGCUUGUUCAGGGGGACUGAGGGGAUGUCACAUUCCCUUGGAAACAAACAAGGUCUUGAAUCUUGUUGAACGUUGAAGUUGUUCUUUAGUUAAACAUUCUUCUUUGGACCUCAGUAAUGGAUUGUUAGGAGGAGUUUUGUGUAGCAGCUCUCAGGGCACCAACCUUCAAGCAGAGCUUGAACCACCUUGACCAGCUUCAGUCCUUUUCAUGGCUGAAGCUCGACACCUGGGCCCCUACCAGCUCUCCUUGAAAACAAACGACCGUCUUGCUGUGAAAUCCAGUGGACUCAACCUCGGAACCACUGUUUUAUUAAAAAUAAAACUGGAAUCCGAACAGUUUCCCCAGCAGUUUGUUUUCAUGUUGUCAUGAGCAUUGCAAACAAAGAGCAUGAACUCUGCCUUCCCUCCAAAUCAUCACUCUACCCAGACUUUCAUCUCAUCAGCCAGCCAAACUAAUCCAUCCUGUCCUCAGUUUAUUCACAGUUGAUCAUUCAGACUUUGGUCUUUAUUUGAACUGUUUAACAGAGUACUGUUUUAAAUUGAUUUAAUAUCAUUUAUGUCCUGAAAUUGUGGUGUUUUUGUGAUAAAAUGAAAACUUCAAUUGAAGAAUUUCCUCAGUAAUGUGAAAUGGAUUAAGAUGAUGAUUCCUUGCACCUUUGGCUAUGUUUAGACCAAUAUUGUGCACAUAUCCCAUAUACCCAGCUAUUGUAAAAAUGUGAAUUUGCUGACUUUGUAAUUAUUUUUAUUGAUUCAUAAAAAUAGAAGGUUCAUAACAAUAGACAAUGACUUUAUUUGUGAAUUUGACAUUUUGCCUUUAAAAAAAAAUGAAUGCAUUUCUUAGAAUUUCUUUAAAUUAAAUUGACUUUAAAGUUACAUAACGGAAAAGUAAACACAAAAGACGAAGUUACGAUAUUCUGACAUUCACACAGACACAAAAGCCGAGCCA